AUGCAGACACUACUCGAAUACACCCUUAGCUAUGAGGGUCAGCAUGUCAUCACGCCCCUUGCUAUUCUGGUCGAAUGCGUCUCAACCCUGUGUUGCGUCACCCAUCACCUGGACCCUUCUGCUAACAAGAUGAAAUUGGGACAGCAGAUGCGCAUACGCAUCAACAUUCUCAUUGCGAAUCAGGACUGGGAUGCACUCUACAUCUUUGCUAAAAUGAUCGAUGGCCAGACGAGCGUUCGCCGAGGUGCCCAUGGCCUCGGCGCUGCCCACCUCGAGACCGACGAGGCAACUAAUAAGAUAGGCCAAGUCAUGGAGCCUUUCGCCCUCAACCGUCACCUGCUCAAUACUCUGCCAAUCCUGUACGAUCACUUAAGGUGGAAUGCCGAUCAUGUCCUUGAUCCCAGCUCAGGCUCUCACGCGGACACACUACUGCGCUCCAUCGUCAUGCAGAGUAUCUCACCCCAGCUGCAUAUCGAAUACUUCUCUGAGCACGACGAUCAGCUUUCGGUGACUGUAUCAGAUCUCUUCGUCCAGGGUGUCAACAAGUGCACCAUGCACUCCGACGUGAAACAGUACAAAGUGCUGAUAGCCACGCUGGCGUCGAUGGGCUGGGGUCAGUGCUAA